CGAGAACAGGGCUUUUUGCGGCAUGCUCGCGACCACCUUCGGAGCCCACCGGCAUCGCUGAAUUCUUUUACAAUCCGUGAAAGACCCCGGGGACAGCAGCCGGCGCAGCUGACAGCACAAGGACCUGCCCGGAGCAAAUCGGAAAAAGGUGCGGCGUCAUGGAGGACCCGCAGGGCGGUGUCCGUGCGCCCCGGUCGCACACGUCGGCCGACUCGGCGGCACGGGAGAGCAGCUACGGCUCGGCGCGCACCGCAGAGUCUGACGCCCGCCGCGAGGCCUGGGCCCGACACCCGUACUACAGCAGCCAGGAGGAGCAGCAGCCGCUGCAGCAGCAGUACUCGGCCGAGCAGCAGAAGUCCUCGCGCUCCAAGCGCGGAUCGCGCAAGAGCCACCACCGCAGCAGCAAGUCCAGCAAGCACGGCUCCUCGGCCAUCUCCGCCAGCGGAGGAUCGGGCGAGGUGGGCGUCGGCAGUGGCCUGAUCCCGAGCGACAAGCAGGUGCUGCAGAUGCAGAUCGAACAGAACCGCGACGCCAUGAUGCGCCAGAAGGAGCUGCUGAAGAAGCAGGAGGCCGCGCGCGCCUACCGGGCCAUGCGGGAGAACACCGCCGCCGCGCCGUCACUGGCCGCGCUGCUGAUGGUGUGCAUCUGGAUAUCCCUCGUGUCUGGCUUCUCCAUCCUGGCGUUCGGCUGGAUCUUCAACGUCUUCGUACAGGCCACGCCCUUCUUCUACGUCUCCCUCGGCACCGGCUCCAGCCUCGUCCUCCUCGGCUCCUUCCUCGCCGCUUUCCGCAGCAAGACGCCAUCAUCCGUCGCGUUCGGCGCUUGACAACCGGCGCUCGGUUCGUGCCGAGGCCGCUGAACACAGGAGCAGCACAGUCGAGAAGUAGAUGGACACCAUCUUUUGUCACCAUCGCUGCUUGAACUACGAAGCUCUGGGUUCGUCAGCGAAGAGGCGAGUGAUGCCGUCUGCAGCAGAGCAGCUGGCAGAACAUCCGCGGUCUGCUCGGAUUGUUUGGAUGUUUGUCCCCAGAAGUAAACAGGAAAUAAAGUGGUUCGUUCGAGCUCUUCUGCUUUAA